UACCGUAAGAAAGAGUAAUUUAGGGUGCCAUAUUUAUUUCCGGUAACCUUUCAAUGAUGUUUUGCAGGAGAUGUCUCAGAAAGUUUAUAUCAAUCUCAAGAUUUGGCGGUCAUAACAAAAGAUGGAAUCAUGCCCGUCCUAUUGCCCAAACCACGAUAGACGAAGAGGAGCAUGAGAAGUUUAAAAAAUUGUCACAUACCUGGUGGAAUGAAGUUGGGGAAUUCCAGGCCCUUCAUGCUCUCAAUGCACUGAGAGUUCCGUGGAUAAGAGACUCUUUACUAGAAAAACAAGACCAGCCACCUCCAUUGCACACAAAACCUUUAAUGGGUCAACAAAUUUUAGAUGCAGGGUGUGGUGGGGGCAUUUUAUCAGAGGCACUGGCAAGACUUGGGGCAAAUGUAAUUGGAGUUGAUAUGGUGGAGGACAAUAUUAAAGUGGCUCAAGCCCAUUUAGAGGAGGAUCCAGCCAUAAGUGGGACAGUAAAGUACAUCCAGGCAACUGUGGAGGAUUUAGUAGGAACAAAUGAGGAGACAUUUGAUGCAGUUGUGGCCUCAGAGGUGGUAGAGCAUGUAUCAAAUAUUGAUACUUUUUUAACAUCAUGCUGUAAAAUUAUAAAGCCUGGAGGAUCCAUUUUCUUGACAACCAUUAAUAAAACAACCAUCUCCUACAUGGCGGGAGUUUUAGCAGCUGAAUAUUUACUACGUUUAGUUCCUAUAGGCACCCACGACUGGGAAAAGUUCAUCUCACCUGAAGACCUACAGUUCUUCCUGGACAAGAGUGGAUUUUCUACGACCUUGAUCCAUGGAAUGAUGUACAAUCCACUGACCCGCAGGUGGGACUGGAUCAGUAACACGAGUAUAAAUUACGGACUUCAUGCCAUCAAGCUACUUACACACGACACACCAGUGUCCCACACCAGUCCCGGAAAUUCAGGAGAAACAACAGGAAAGAGUGUUUAAGAUGCAUGGACAUGGAAUUUAUAUACUUUUGUCAAAAUGCUUUAUUUAGAGGAAUUAUUAUCUUAAAGGUGCAACUUCUGACUCCUACUGUUGAACAUAUAUUUUCAAGGAAGAAAAAUGUUUACUUUAUAGGAUAUGAUGUAAUGUUUAUGUUGGAAUGUUAUACAUCUGUGUCCAACUUUUAAAGCAUUAUUAUUGUUGGGGUUUAUUUAACUUUCAAGUAAUUCUGAGAUAUACAUAACAGUUACACAUCAUGUACGUGUGUUGUUCACGGUAAGAUUUUUUUACUCCCUGCAACUUAUCCAUUUGCAUAAUCCAAAUUUGCAGGUUCCUAUUUAUGUGCUUGACUUUCCUCAAUAAAGCUAUUAAGUAAA